GAACGACAAAUGAAAUUGUUACCUGAAUCAGCACGAACAAUUCAAGCAUUCUUAAAAAUUGCUAAAGAUGAACAGGAAUUACAAGAAGAAAAUUCAACCGAACAAGAAUCAUCACAACCUUAUUUACCAUUUAUUACGAACACAAUAUCAAAAACACCACAGAAAAUUCAAAGCAACUCCGACAGGACAACAACAUCUCAAUAUUUACCAUCACGACAGGCAACAUAUGAACACACCAAACAAAAUUCACCAUCAUCAACAAAUUAUAAUUCAACACGAU